AUGUCUGCCGGUGUUGUCUUCGCACAGGAUAGCGGCGGAACCGUCCGGGGCCAGAUUGUUGAUACAACCACAGCACAGAGCCCAAUUGAAAGCGUUGAAGUCAAGAUUGUUGCCCAAGGUGGCGAAGAAUUUGCAGCGACGACGGAUGCUAACGGCGACUACGAGCGCUCGGGUGUUCCCGCAGGUCGUUACCUCAUCAGUAUCUAUAGAGAAGGAUACGGUGAUCGACUUGGUAAACCCGUUACAGUCGUUAAUGGCGGCGAUCACUUCGUACCGCUCAAGAUGACUAAAAAAGACAAUAUCGUUACUUUCUUCCAGAAGUUUGGAUUCGUCUUCUGGCCCCUCGCACUCUGCUCCAUCACGGCGUUGACUUUCAUUAUUGAAAGACUUUUCACCUUCGUUCGGAGCCGUUCUCGAAUUGGAACCGAACAGUUUAUCGCCAGUAUUGCUGAUUCAUUGCGGAAAGAGAACAUUAUGGAAGCCGUCUCGACGUGUGAAGAAGCCGGUGGACCGCUUGCUAACGUUCUUAAAGCAGGAUUGCUGCGAUACAGCCAAGCCCAAAUUGAGGAACGCGACAUUAGCAAAGAGGAAAUUCAGGAAGCUAUUGAGGAAGCAAGUCUGCUUGAAAUCCCUGAACUCGAAAGAAAUCUACCCGUCCUCGGUACUGUUGCUGUUGUGUCUCCGCUGUUUGGUUUGCUCGGAACAGUUACAGGUAUGAUUAGUGCGUUUACUACAAUCGCUCUUGAAGGUACGGGUGACCCGCAGCAGCUCGCUGGUGGUAUCUCACAGGCACUUCUCACAACUGCUGCUGGCUUGACAGUUGCUAUCCCCUGUCUGAUUUUCUUCCAGCUCUUUGAUAGUUGGGUUAACAGGCACAUGGUUGAGAUCUCCCAGGUUUCUACCGAGAUUAUAAACCAGUUGAUUGUUAGUGAAGGCGGCGAUGCCUAA